GCGUAUGGCACUUUUCACGGCUUGGAAAAUACUUUACGUGUGAUUGGAAAAUCACCUACGUUGGCCAGCGUAGUGCUGCGCAUGCGCUCUUAGUUUUCUACGAGUCGUAGAAAACUUUACAUCACCGGUCCUACCACACAGCACAUUCCCUCUUCUAGCAACAGAUUCCUCAUACACUAAGCCACCAGCCUUUGUACCAUUCAUUAUAAAGCAGACACACGGAAGUUUUAUUACCCCUUCACUAUCGACAAUUCCAGCGGAAGUAUACACUGAUAGUGAAAGAAAGCACGUGACUGUCAAAUGCGCUUAAUCUAAUUGGUCGACUGGCUUAGUCAUAUGACUCCAGCUUCCCGGUGAUUUUAGGCAUUAUUCUGACGGAGAAACGUCUUUCAGUAUGGAGUUCUGCACAGCUAAUUGGUAUCCUAUGGGUGACGUGUAUUAUCGAAAAUUUGAUCUGUACCAAAUGGAAUGGAAUAUCAAAGAAGAGUUCAAAGAUUGCCUUGUAGCUGUUGGCCCAUAUGGAGGACCAAUAGCCCUAAUGAAAAAUUAUUUGUCAAGGGCCAGUAGUUCAAGACCUGUGUUGGAGAUUUAUUCAGCAUCUGGUGUCCUUUUAUCCAGUAUGCCUUGGAAAAGUGGACAAGUUGUACACCUGGGAUGGUCUGUUUCUGAAGACCUAAUCUGCAUUCAGGAAGAUGGAACUGUGUUAGUAUAUGACAUAUUUUGUGCAUUCAAGCGUAACUUCAGCAUGGGAAAUGAAGUUAAGCAGAACCAGGUUCAAGAAGCUAAGAUAUUCCAUUCUGAAUACAGAACUGGCAUCGCAAUUUUAACUGGAGCAUUGAAAUUCACCAUUGCAUCAAAUAUUGAAGAAUUAAAAUUGCGCAGAAUGCCAGAUGUUCCAGGUGCUAAAGUGUCACCUUCUUGUUGGACAGUACUCUUACAGGAUCGAAUGACAUUAAUUUUACUAGCCAUAGGCAAAGAAUUGUUCCUCUUGGACAACACAGCCUGUUCUGUUAUAACCCUACCUGGAUUAAGCCCUCCAUCCGGAACUUACCUGCAUAUGUCAAUGUCAUUUAAUUACAAGUAUCUAGCAAUCUUUACAGAUAGUGGUUACGUAUGGAUGGGAACUUCAUCACUGAAGGAAAAACUUUGUGAUUUGACAUCAGACAUAAGGCAGCCACCAAAACAGAUGUCUUGGUGCAUUCGACCACGAAGUAAACAAGUUGCUGUUGUUGUCCUAUGGGAAAAAGUGCUGCUUGUUGCUGGACCGAAAGAGAACAUAUUAUUUCCUUUGGAUGAGGAAACCUUCAUUGUCUCUGAACUUGAUGGAGUCAGACUUAUCUCUCAUUCUACACAUGAAUUUCUUCAUGAAAUCCCAAAGGCUACUGAAGAAAUUUUCAAAAUAGCUUCAAUGGCCCCAGGUGCACUUUUGAUGGAAGCACAAAAAGAAUAUGAGAAAGAAAGCCAGAAGGCUGAUGACUAUCUUCGUGAGAUAAAGGAUCAAAACCUGCUUCCUGUAGCUGUAUCAAAAUGCAUUGAAGCAGCUGGUUAUGAACAUUCAACAGAAAUGCAAAAAGCUUUGCUUAAGGCUGCAUCAUUUGGAAAAUGUUUUCUAGAUUCAUAUUCGCCUUUAGAUUUUGUUACAAUAUGUCACGAUCUCCGUGUACUUAAUGCAAUCAAUGAUUACCAGAUUGGCAUACCUUUGACUAUUGUUCAAUAUAAACAACUUACUAUUCCAGUUCUUCUAGACAGAUUAGUUUUGAGAAGACUUUAUCCACUUGCUGUUAAAAUUUGUGAACACCUAAAGAUUCCAGAAUUUCAAGGUGUCAGUCGUAUUUUAGCUCAUUGGGCAUGUUACAAGGUUCAACAGAAAGAGAAAUCAGAUGAAGAAGUAGCCCAAGCUAUUAAUCAGAAACUCGGUGACACUGCUGGGAUUUCUUAUUCAGAGAUUGCUUCAAAAGCAUGUGACUGUGGAAGAACAGAACUGGCAAUCAAACUGUUGGAAUAUGAGCCGAAGUCUGAGGAUCAGGUACCUUUGCUUUUGAAGAUGAAGAGAAGCAACCUUGCUCUUGGCAAAGCUAUUGAAAGUGGAGACACUGACCUUGUUUACACUGUUGUGUCGUAUAUGAAACACGAGUUCAACCGUGGAGAUUUCUUCAUGACCCUGCAGAACCACCCUAUUGCUCUCAGUUUAUAUAGACAGUUUUGCAAGCAUCAGGAGCCUGAGACUCUAAAAGAUCUAUACAAUCAAGAUGAUAAUCAUUUGGAACUUGGAAACUUUCAUGUUCGUUCAAGCUAUUACACAGAAAAGAGUGUUGAAGGCCGUGUUGCAGAGCUGCAGAAUGCUGUGGAUGAGUACAGUAAAGCAAAAAAUGACCUGGCUGCUAAGGUUACGGAGGACCAAGUCAAAUUGCUAAGAAUUCAGCGUUCUCUUCAAGAAAAACAUGAUAAAUCUUAUUUAGAUCUUUCAUUACAUGAUACCAUCUAUAGUCUGAUUGUUGAUGGUAUGCAAAAAAAGGCUGAUCAGCUUUAUAAAGAAUUUAGAAUCCCCGAUAAAAGGUAUUGGUGGCUGAAAAUAUCUGCACUGGCAGAAAAGGAGGAUUGGGAAGAGUUAGAGAAUUUUUCAAAAAGUAAAAAAUCCCCAAUAGGAUAUCUGCCAUUUGUUGAAAUAUGUAUGAAACACCGAAACAAAUUUGAAGCAAAGAAGUACGUUACCCGUGUGAGCCCUGAGCAAAGGGUAAAAGCUUUUCUUUUAGUUGGAGAGUUGGAUCAAGCUGCAGAAGCUGCAAUUGAACAUAAAAAUGAAAAUGAAAUGAACAUGGUCCUGUCAAAAUGCUCCUCUGUCACUGAUUCUUUAGCAGCAGAAAAGAUUGAGCGUGCCAAGGCACUGAUACUUAAGAAGUAAUUUAACCUAAUAAAGAAAACCCCUGUCAUUGCACAGUCUGUUCAUGACCCCACCACUGCGCACUGCAUAAUUUCCGCUUGUGGAAAUUCCAUGCGGAGAUUCCGUGUGCAGCAGGCCGCUGGAAUGCUAUGACCACACAAACAUGUGCCGUCCACAUUGAUGGCAAUGCAGUUCUGGGCGGAAUUUUGCAAAAACAAUGUUACAAAGUCCAGAAUUGGAAUUUUCACAGUGGAAAUUCAACAGUAUGCACGGUGAGGCAGAAUCCCAUAUAAGACAGUGGGAGGUGGCUACAUUGGAAUCUCCACCCAGAAUUUCUCUGGACGGAAAUUCUGUAGUGUGCAUGAACUAAGGUUAUGUUCACAUGGCGUAAAAUGUGCAGAAUGUCCACACGGAAAACGUGUGGACACUCCGCACACAUGAAUAAUCUGGUGGGCAUAGACGGCAAUGCAUUUCCAAACGAAAUCUGCAAGAAGAAUAGAAAAGUCUAUUCUUUUUUGCGGACGCAGGAAUUUUCACAGUGUGAACGGUGCAGCACAAUCCCAUUGAAUUCCUGCGGAAUUCCACAUGAAAAUUCCAUUGUGUCAACAUAUCCUAAUGGUAUGUUCACACAGAGGAAGUUCUGCAGAAAUUCUGUGUCUGCAUUCAUUUAGCCGAAUUUUGUGUGUGUUUUUUUAUUUUUCUGCAUUUGUGGAAUCUGUGCAGAAUUAUAUGCAGAGUUUCCUUUUAAAAUUCUACAGGAUUCCAUAUUACACUUAUAAAAGUGGGAACAUAAUGUUAGUUACAUUCCAAUUCCACACUUUCUGCAGAAAUCCAAGCCCCAUUGACUUCAACAGGAUUCCUCUGUAGAAUUCUGCAAAAUUAGAAGACAAGACAUAUUUUUUGCAGAAAUCUUGAAAUUCUGCUGUGUGAAUGGGACAGCAGAAUCCCAUUGAAGUGACUAGGUAAUUAAUUUCUGCGGAAUUUACUGUGGAAUUUUCAAGUGGAGAUUCUGCCAUGUGAACAUAGCCUAAGAGUGAUGAAUUCAUAGCAAAGAUACAUAAACAUUACUGUUUUAUUUUAUAGCGAUAACAUACAAUGUAAUGAAAGCCAGUGCCAAUUGGGAAAUGAGCGAAAUAUAUCUGAAGACAUGCUGUAUGAACUGAAGAUAGAGGGAAGGAGAAAAGAAGUAAAUAGUGUAAGGGUCUAUCCACAUGGCAGAAUUUCCGCACAUCAGCACCAAUUCCGCUUGUGGUUUCUGGCUUGUGAGGAUUUUGUGAACAAUUGAUGCGGAAUCUGCAUGCGGAAAUUCAGAAGUGUGAAUGGGAGUGCGGAUUCCCAUAGAAGUCUAUUUGGCUUUAAUUUGAGGCAGAAUCUGUCCCUUAGGGUCAAUUCACACGGCAGAAUUUCCGCAUGCAGAAUUCCGCAUGUAUUCAGCCUUAAAUAAAAGCCAAAUAGACUUUUAUCGGAUUCCACACUCCCAAUCGCAAUUCUGAAAUUUUGCAUACGGAUUCCGCAUGGAUUCCACACUGAUUCUGUGCCAAUUCCACACUAAAUCCGCACAAGCCAGAAACCACCCAAAUUAAUGCGGAAGUGGAAUUGGUGGGGAUGUGUGGAAAUUCUGCCAUGUAAAUAGAGCCUUACUUUACUUGCGAUCUCCCUUACCAUCUUACCCAUGUGCAAAAUAAUUUGAAUUUCUCCACACCUGAUGUCUUAUUCGUUGAAACAGGGUCCAUACCCAUUAAAGGGGUACUCCGGUGCUUACACAUCUUAUCCCCUAUCCAAAGGAUAGGGGAUAAGAUGCCUGAUCGCGGGAGUCUCGCAGCUGGGGACACCCGGGAUCUUGCACGCGGCACCCCUUUUGUAAUCAGUCCCUGGAGCGUGUUCACUCCGGGACUGAU